UGAUGGAAAAAAAGAGGUUGUCGAAAGUCCAGUCUUUCCUGGAGCGAGAAAAGACGAUGACCUAUCACGAAAAGAUGACCCUCCUGGAAACCUCGCGGGUGUCUUCUUCAGAGGUCAUAGAUCAUCGACCUUUUGGUCUUAACAGUGGCUUAAUGGUGCACGUAAAAGCCAAUGUGUCAUUCAGUAAUGAUGUCCAAGAUCAAGCUCCAGUGAGGACAAGAACAAUGACCCAGGGGUCAAAGUUCACAACUUCUAGUCUUGAUGCUCAUGCUUCUGUCGCAGAUACAACAAUGGAUUUGGUAGAGGCAGCUGCUAAAGGUGACACUGAGAUGGUUCGGAAGGCUGUAUCCAAGAAUCCUUAUGGGUCAAAGGGCAAUGACCAGGCAAUGCAGAAAGCUGUGCAGUACGGCCAGACUGAAGCUCUCCAAGAGCUCCUUAAUGCCGGAGUAGACCCAGACAUCAAAGUUCAAGGGGGACGCACCAUGCUCCAUGAGGCCUGUGUAGGAGGGCACAAUGAAGUCCUGAAGCUCUUGCUGAUCCAUGUAACAGACAUGGAUGCCACAAACAGCCUCGGCCAGACGGCUUGUCAUACAGCUGCUUACCAUGGGGAACUGGGCUGUAUGAAAGUCUUGGAAGAAGCAGGAGCUGACUGUAGCUUGCAGGACAGUAAGGGGUGCUCUCCGUGCCAUCUAGCAGCCCAGCACAAUCACCCCUCCAUCCUCAACUUCCUGCUCUCCAAAGGAAUGGACAUAGAGGGCGCUGAUGAUAACGGACGCAGGCCACAGCAUGUAGCAGCUAGACAUGGAGCAUUGGAAUGCCUGGUGCUGUUUCUUCAAAGUGACUGUGAUACGACGGUAGAGGAUGGGUCAGGCUUCACGGCGGGUCACCAUGCUGCUGCCAAAGAUCAUCUUGAUUGCCUGAGGUUUCUUGUAAAGCAUGGUAGCGACAAAGAGGUCAGAGAGAACCAUGGAAGAACAUUAGCUCAUCUGGCAGCAGCCAGUGGGUCUAUGACAUGUCUUCACUGGCUUUUAGAGAAAGGCAGUGAUGUCAAUGUUCAAGAUAAACUUGGCAGCACCCCCGUUCACCUUGCAGCUGCCGGGGGACAUCACCUCUGCUUCAACUGUUGCCUUCAGCAUGGAGGUAAUCUCAACAUCUUGAAUGAUAAGAAGGAGACUCCCAUAGACACAGCCAGAAGGUUUGGACAUCCAGUCAAGAUGAACCAAGCAGUGAACAAUGAGAUCCGCUGUACCCACUGUAAUGAUAACUAUGAGCUCUCAUGUUGGGAGGAAUCUCACCAACCAAACGUCGUUCAGAGAGCCAUCAAUUCCUCCAAGACCGCCAUCUUCUCCUCUCCUAUGCCAAACAACAAGAAGAAAGAGACAAAGAAAGUUACCCCAAGAAAGGAACCCACCGUUCCUGGAAGGGGGAAACUCCCUAAUCGAGAUCUGGCUGUCAGGUACUUUGGGAGAGAGGAAGGAACCUAGCUCAAACCCACUCAUUUUGUGCACAGGUCUGGACAGAAUACUUCAAACUAGUCACAGAAUGUUUGAGUGUGGCUUUGUACUAGUUCUGAGCAAUAUUUGUGCUGGUAAUUGUCUUUACAUAUUGAAUUGAGGUACAUGGAACUUAGCGACAUUUUGUGGCUCAUAAAACCUUCUUUUAAAUAAAAGGAUGCAUCUAGCCAUUGAACACUUAUUCAUGUAUUUGGAUCUACAUGUAACUAGUCUUGGCAGGCAUUUAUUUGAUAAUAUGAUGCAAACGCCAGUUAACCCAUUGGCUACUGGAUUAUUUCAUUCCCAUAGGCUUAAUACAGGGACUUCUUGGUUUCAGUAGGAAAUGGGUUAAUGACUGCUCUGUUUAGAAAGUCAGAAACAGAGAGAAGAUGAAUGUUAAUGUGCCAGAUGCAUUCCUUUGCUUAAAAAUCCAGUUUGAUGAGCCUUUUACUUUGCUAUGCAACCUAAAGAAAACUUCACCUUGAAAAUGCAAACCACCAUAUCUUUUUGACAGUUUCAGUAUUAUAUAGCCUAACUUGAGGAAGCAGGGAUAUAAAUUAGUUCUAGAUAUUUAGAUCAUCUUAGUUCUGCCUCAACAAUAUUAUUUUGAUUUUUAACACAUCUAAGCAUUCUUGGUGCAUCGGUUUGUGGACAUCACUUGGCAAAGCUACCUUGGGUCAUGGAAGAACAAUUUUCUUUGUUGAUAUAUUAUCUCACAUGCCGUGAACAGUUAUAAAAAUAAGCUAAAUCUGUCGAACAAGUAAAAAACAAAAAGAACAAAAGAACAAAAUAACACAGUAUUCCUCACGACCAUACCAGUGAUGCAUCACUAAUAUUUGAUGUGCUUGGUUGUAUAAGAUGAUAUUGAUAGUUUGUAGGAAUAAACUUCAUGUAGGAGAGUUGAAUAAUCAGAUGAGCUAAAUAACAAAACUAUCCCCAGUAUUACUUUUCAAUCAUUGAGUUUCUGGUUGGGUCUCAAAGCAAGUCAAGAAUCACGAAAAAA